GUCACGAAGCACAUAUUUGAUUGUGUAAGCAUGGUACGCGACAUCUGAUAAGCGAAAACGAAUUUAUGGUAUGGCACACAACCGAACUGAACUUCCGCAUAUACCAACUUCCAAAGCGUCUCUUGUAUCUUAUCCUCAUCAACCAAUCGAUUACAUAAAAGAAAUACCGAAAUGCGAUCGACAGAGCCUAGUAGAGUGGAGAUUAGGUGUACAGGAGUCUAUUACAGUCGGAAUCCUUGAAAAAAUCUCACUUCUGAAAGCUGAUAUGAUCGAACAUCUGAAAAAGUCAAACUUUAUAGAACAUGAGCAAAAGUCUCAGAAGGACUUGUUGAUUAAUGAAAUAAAAUUGUUGCUCCAAAGUGUCGAGAAAAUUGAUCAAGAAGUUCGUAGCUUUGAGGAGAAUGUUCGGGAUAAAUGGUCUACAGUAAAAGAUGCAGCUGUGAAUUUAAAGAAUUUAGAAAAUCAUCACCUUACAAGUUUGACAGAUGUAAGAGGUCGGAUAACUCGUUGUGAUCAAGCAAUCACAACCUUAUCACAGAGAGUAAAUCAAACAACCGAUGAAGUACGACAACUGGUAGAUGUGCAUAAACAAGACGUUACUGAUAUGAAUGGUCAAAUUAAAUUACACGAACAUAAGUUUGCUGAAAUAGUCGGUCAAAUUGAUCGGGAUAAUACAAAAUUUAAUUCUUCUAUCCAACGUGUGGAAGAAACACUAUAUAGACAGAUAGCAGAUGUUGAAAGACGACUUCAAACCAAGAUAAAUGAGAUUCAGCAUGAAAUACAAGCAUCAAUACAGCAUUGUCAUGAAGAAAUAAGGUGUUUGGAGACACGUUUAGCUGAGAAUAUGAAUGCGAUGACAGCAAACCUUGAAAACCGUAUCGCACUUGUUGAAGAAAAAGCAAAUGAAGAAAGGAUUGAUGAAGAAUUGUAUGAACGAGUUGAAAAUGUCGAAACAAACACAUCGAAUUUUAAACAACAAGUUUUAAGAACAUUUAAGGAAAUAGAGAUGCGUAUGAAUAAGAUUUCCGACGAUUUAUAUGAUCAUAAUCGUCAAAGCAUUGAAGCUGUACGAGAAGAAAUGCGUGAAGGUUUUCACACAAUACAUGAAACAGUGACUAGCGCAAAAUCUGUGUUAGAAAAUAAAUUACGUAUAUCCGAAGAAACUUUACACAUGGAGUUAAGUCAGUUACGUAAAUUAAUUGUCUUAGUGUAACAACAAGUCGAUCGAAAUUGAAUUUGAGAAGAAUGCAUGAAAGGAUUAUUGAUACACCUACCUACACAUUGGCAUAUAUAUAUGUACUAAAUAAAAUGAAGUGCGUAUUUUUCGUAGGCAUAGAAUAUCAUGUUAACAACGAGAUUCGUAUGUUUGUGAUUUUGUAUUUUACAUUAAAUUCAUUCAUAAGGCGAAAUUCAUAUCCUUAUUCAUAACUCUGUAUAUCUGAA